CCGCAGGCUGCAUCCUUUGGAUUAAGAAACGGCCAGCAAAUCAAGGCAUUCCCGCCACCUGCCGGUCACGAGCGGAAGUACAAAAAUAUAGGGCAUGGAUUACUUCCGAGUACAGAGCUGACAGACCUAUGCAUGCUUACCUACAGCGAAGCGGAGACUCGCGUGAAGAGAAGCCGCAGAUGUGACUGACAGAGGCCCACGAUCGCAUCACAUUGAAGUGAUCAUGGCCGAAGAUCCCCAGAGAAACUUCAGGUCGGCGUAUUAUGAGAAAGUGGGUUUCAGAGGUGUGGAGGAGAAAAGAUCUUUGGAGAUUCUGCUGAAGGACAAUCCACUGGAUGUGGAGAAGUUGAGCACUUUUAGUCAGAGGUUUCCUCUGCCCUCUAUGUACAGAAUACAUGUGUGGAAAGUCUUAUUGGGUAUUUUACCUCCUCACACUGAUUCUCAUGCAUUGGUAUCUCGAUACCGUACCGAGCAGUUUGAAGACAUCAGUGCGGCUUUAACAAGCAUGCGUUUCAUCAGCUCAGCCACGCCCCCUACAGAAGUCUACCUCCGCAUGUACCAGCUAGAAUUCCUGCAGCUUCCCCGGAGAUCUGAGCUUAAACCUCCGGACGCAGGGGACGAAAAUUUCCUGGCUGUGGCUCAGGCGAUGGAAGAGAUCGUUGAUGAUCCCGUGGACUGCUAUUGGCUGAUCCGAUGUUUUAUUAACCAGUUUAAUCACAAGUUUGGAGACUCCAUACCUCACCUGCCAAAGAGUUUGGAGCACUUCUUGUCUCAGGAGGACAGCGGUCUGUUGGCUCAUCUGAAGACGUCUGGCUGUCUGGGUUCAUUACCGUACUGUCUGUGGUUCAGACGCUGUUUCGCGGGCUGUUUACCAGAGUCCAGUCUGCAGAGGGUGUGGGAUAAAGUGAUCAGUGGAUCUUGUAAGAUCUUGGUGUUUGUUGCCGUGGAGAUUCUGCUCAAUUAUAAGAUCGUGCUCAUGGGAAUGAGUCAACCUGAUGGAGUCUUCAACUUUCUGUCUAAUAUGCCACAGGAGAAUACAGAUGCUAUAGUUACGAAAGCCAUAGACCUCUGGCACAAACACUGCGGGACACCCAUGCAUUCUGUGUAAGAGCACCACACUACAGUUAAUGACUGAAACAGACCGCUGUGUAAUCCAGAUGCUUCAAGAUCGCCUACAGAUCGCUCGAGCUUCAUACUGGACAUCGGUGCAGUAGAAGCUAAAGAUGAAGUCAAACUCACAACUGUGUGCGCAGUUCAUUUUUAUUACGAUUCCUUUACAUCAGAAUCUGCAUACAUCAUUCAGGAGUGACGGUACAUUAGGUAACAUGCACGUUCUGCUCUCUUCCUGGAUUAUCUGAGCUGAUGGCAGCACAAGAGCAGAACGUUGAAAUAAAAAAACACAUCAAUCAUUCAAAACGUGACGCCUUCUGUUUUUCGAGAUGGAAAUAAUUCACCCAAAAAUCUAAAUUCUGUCACUUGUUUCUACUGUGGAUCACAAAGAAGAUGCAUCACUGUUUUCUGUUUUAUUGACAAGAUCCAGUUUUGGGUUUUUCAUGGAAAUACGAAGAAGAUUCUUGAAUUUCUACUUUCAGAUAACAGCAGCAGUUUGAAACUUAAUGUAGGAAAACAAUGACAGAAUUUUCCCAUCAGGUGCAGCUAUUACUUUGUGUAUUUAUGUUCAGUAUCAAAAUAUAAAUAUCAACAUAAAAAGUUUCACAUUGUUGCAAUGUCUCUGAUUAAAAUAAAUACAAAAACAAAUGUAA